GCUCUUUUGUUAAUUUUAAAUGCUAACGUAUGGUAUUUUCUCACGCAGAGUAUCAUUAAAGCUCACUCUGAGUACAGCUCAAGCUCAGCAAAGUCGUUCAACUUGCUUCAUUCGCCAGUAACGAAGGAAUCGUUGAAUCAACCAUAUGAAGAAUUUUCUAUUUCUGGUUUUUCAUUUCUAGAGGUGGGACUGGAUGAUGUUGAAAAUUUCAAGUGUUCCCAUGUCGUAUUUCACGACGAUCACACAGUGAAGUCAACUAAACCGAAGAGUCUUGAUCAGAAAAAUGAACUAAGACUCAUAAGAAAAAGGGCACUCCAUUUGAACAGCACUGGUGAAUAUCCAAUUAUCAGAAACUAUUUCUUGGACAAGGAAGGCGAGAGCGAAGAUGAAAUCCUAAAGAAUAAAUGGUACAAGUUUUGUGGUUCUGCUGUUUGGAUGGAUAAGUAUCAGGUGUACUUCUUUGUAAGCAGAGUUAUUUACAGUGAACGAUCCCUUCGCAACAAGCCAACAAUCAGUCUUCCUUAUGCACAAGUGUUUGACAAAAAUUGGAAAGAAAUCAACGAUUAUGAAUUUCCUCAAUCUGACAUUAAGUUUCCGGCCUUUCUUCCGAUAGCAUUUGAUGAACAUCCCGAAGGAGUACAGCUUUACUUGGGUGCAGAUGAUCCUAGAGUCAUCUUACGUAACUACCUAGAUCCAGAAACCAACAUAAUGGAGCAAGAACCUGUGAUUGUAUUCAAUUCAGACAGUGCCGAAAUUGACUGGAAAAGAGCAAUACAUACGUAUCGUCCCUUCACUAAUUCUAAGAAGGCUUUACGUUUGAAGAUAAGAGGAAUGGAACCAAGAAAAAUAGAAAAGAAUUGGGCACCGUUCUUUGAUGAAGAUUAUUCUUCCAUCAACUUUGUAUACAGCUUCAAUCCUAUAAGGGUGAUCAAGUGUGAUAUCGUGUCUGGAGAAUGUGACAAGCAAACUGGUCCCGAGUUCGAAGGGAAAAAGAUACCUGAAAUAAGAGGAGGAACCAAUAUAGUCCGAGUGCCUCCUGGAUUCUUACCAAAGCAUCUAGCUAGUACAAGGGAAUACUGGUUUGGAAUUGCUCGUUCGCACGAUUUCAAUUGCGGUUGCCUCAAAGUUAUUUACCGUCCUCAUUCAUUCUUGAUCUCAAGAGCGCUCGGCAGCAGCAAUUAUACAUUGGACUAUGUGAGCUCCUUAUUCGAUUUCAACAUAGAUACAGAGGCUUGGAAUUCAAAAUUGGAAUAUUCAAAGUGCAAAGAUGGCAAAAGUGUCUUGAUACCAAACUCGAUUUCAUCAUGGGAUAUAAUUCCAAAAGACGACGGCGCGGAAGGAGAAUUGGAAGAUGUAAUGGGAAUAACAAUUUCGGAAGCCGACAGAAACAACAAGAUAGUAUAUGUAAAGGGGUUCUUGAAGCAUAUUAAUACAGUCAUUGGUGGUGAGAAGGCUAAAUCCCUGUCCCAUUACUCCAGCGGCGAUACAGUCGCCAUAGAGAGUAAUCUAUUGGGCAAGUGUGCCACAUCUCUUGCUGAUGAAUACUGCCUAUUGACAGCUAAGAGGAUGAAUUGGAAACUUUAA